GACGUGUUUGUGACGUUGGAACUUCCGGAAGUGCGCCUGCACACACUUGGGUGAAGCUCGUUUGGAUUCGUUGGCUGUAGCAGGCUUUGUAAGCAGGCGUGUCUUCAUGGAUGUAGACUUGCUUUCUCUUGUAUCCUUCCUUUUGUUGUUUAGUUUCAUCUUUCAGUUAGUGAGGUUCAGCAGGGCAGAUGCAGAUUUUACUAUAUUGUGGACAGAACUUCUUGGGAAAACUCCAGAGAAGGAGCUACGGGGAAAAGUGGUAUGGAUAACAGGUGCAUCCGGAGGUAUUGGCAAGGAGCUUGCAUGCCAGCUGGCCAAGGUUAGAGCGCUGUUGAUACUGUCAGCAAGAAGAGAACAUGAACUAUACCAAGUAAAGCAAAAAUGCAUAGAGCAAGGAGGCAUACCAGCGAAGGAUAUUCUUGUUCUUCCGCUUGAUUUGAUGGACAGAGAUUCCCAUGAAGCAAAAGUGAAAUGUGCCAUCCAGCAUUUUGGAAAUAUUCAUAUCUUGAUUAACAAUGCAGGCCGUACCCAGCGCUCCUUAUGUGUGGAUACAAGUCUAGAUGUUUACAAGGCUAUUAUGGAGCUGAAUUUUUUGGGUACAAUCUCCUUAACAAAACACAUUCUGCCACAUUUUUUGGAGAAGAAGAAGGGCCUUAUUGUUACCAUUAAUAGUGUUUCAGGAAUGGCAGGAGUUCCAUUAUCUAGUGGCUACUGUGCUAGCAAGCAUGCACUGCAGGGGUUUUUCAACUCCCUGAGGACAGAGCUCGCUGAUACUCCAAACAUAAUCAUUAGUAACGUGUUACCUGGUCCUGUUCAGUCUGACAUAGUUCAAAAUGCUUUUACUGAAGAAUUAGGAAAGAGGGUGCCAGUCAUGACUGAUCAAUCAUACAAGAUGUCCACUCAGCGCUGUGUUCGUCUUAUUCUGGUGGCAAUGGCCAACAAUUUGGAGGAGGUGUGGAUAGCAGAUCAGCCUUUUUUAGCAGUUCAGUACCUCUGGCAGUAUACUCCCACUUGGGCACGGUGGAUCACAAGUAAACUGGGAAAACGCAGGGUUGUAAACUUCAAACGUGGGCUGGAUGCUGAUGCUGCUUAUUUUACAAAGGCAAAAUAGAAGACCUGCAAAUCCAAACUCCAAAUAUAUUUUCCGCUCAACUAAUUCCUUGUUCAUUUUUCAUAUUCUGGAAAAUACUGGGUGAAUUUUGAGAUGCUGUUUCAUGGUUAUUAAACAGUUUUAUUAUUUCAUAAA